CCGACGUCACCUGUGUGGUUGUGCGGCGCGCGUGAACCGACGCAGGAGAUGGCAAAUUCUGUUGAGAAGGGCUUGAAGGAAAUCAUACUGCAAUGGGGAAAUAAAAAUAGUUUUGUGUGUUGACAGAGCAGGGGCAAAAAAAACCCCCCUAAAGCGAUCUUUUGAACAAGGAUUCGGAGAACGUUGUCAGGUGAUUGUCGAGGGAAUUUUUUGUUGCCUUUGCCAGCGGAGUGGGUGCAGAGAGAACUCUGCUGUGCCAAGUCACCAGCUACCCGAUGCGUGGCAGAGGCUGCUUGCCUGACACCCACUUCUGGAUCCCCGGGGCUAGUGGAAUCUCAAUCGCCCCAGCAGACAAGUUUUGUGCACGUUUUUCGAAGACGCCGUUGGAUGCUGUACAUGGCGAUUCAAAGCUGUUAGGCAUCGGCCACAGAAGACAAGUCAGUUAUGGCUGAUGUUCUACCCAAUGGAAUAUUGGAAAUAUGUGUCGUCGUGGGGGCAUCUAAUGAAAACCUGAAAGAAGUUUGCCAGGCAAUCAGUAAAGAUAGUACUCGAUCACAACAGUAUCUUACACCAGAGGUUCGAUCGGUUCAUGUUCCUCCAUUUGUUACUAAAGAAGACAAUCGGUCUAGUCGUUUUGAAGGGCAUUUUACAAGAACUUCAAGACGUCAUUCAUUCAGAAAGAGAAAGGAAUUCAAGCACACAAAUCCUGCCACAAGCAAAGCAAAUGCGGGUCACAAAGAGCCACCGAGUGAGGAAUUUAGCAUUCCAAAUGAGAUAGAUCUCCAAGGACUACCUCAGCUGUGUUUCCCAGGUGGACUGCAAAUAGAAACUGAAGCAAAGGAGGACCACUAUCAUUUCUUGGUGUUCACAGAUGUUUUUGGAACAAGGACCUAUGGUGUGGUAGUGCAAUUCUACAGGCAUAUUCAGGAAGAAAAUAGUUUCCAAUGUGGACUAGCAAAUUUGAAUAUGCACAAACCAAAGAUACCUAAUUUCUAUGCUCCCUUCAGUGUCUGUGUGAUAUCCAAAUUCCCUUAUUAUACAGCCUUUAAGGAUUGCCUUUCCAGUCUGAUGGUGCAUAUGAAAUCAUGUCAAGAGCUGGAUUUUGAUCAUAAAGUGAGACAAUUUGCAGCAAAAUUAGCUUUGGUGCCCAGUCCACCACCUGGAAUGCUCCAUUUGGUAUUUAAUAUGAAUCCUCUGAUGGUUGUGUUGCCUUCAAGGGAAGGUCCUCAUUAUCCAGUAGCAGAUUUAGAUCUUCAUAUCCCUUUUCUUUGCUUCAAACCGAAAUGUAUCCUGCAGAUCCUGACAUGUAUUUUAUUUGAGCAGAGGAUAGUCUUUCUUUCAGCUGAUUGGGCUUUGCUGACACUUGUCGCAGAAUGUUUUCUUCUUUAUCUUCAUCCACUUCAAUGGCAACACACCUAUGUCCCUAUCCUGUCCAAAGGAAUGAUGGAUUUUUUGAUGGCACCAACAGCUUUUCUCAUGGGUUGCCACAUUGAUUACUUUAAAGAAGUGAAGUCUGAAAUAGAAGGCUUAAUAUUGGUGAACAUUGAUGAAGGAGCAAUUAAAUUCUCAAACUUGGCAGGUACUGAACCAUGUAUACCUGAAAUUCCAACACAAGCUGCAGAAUGUUUUUUACAAAGGAUUGAAAGCCUGCAGUUACAUUAUGAUUUGCAGCUAUCUCACUUGGGCUCCUGCACAGAUAUUUCAGAUUUACGACUGCACAGAAGGAACUGGCAAUACAGUCUAAACUCAAAGAUUCAGGAGUUAUCCUUGGAGCUGGUUGUUAACAUGUUCAGGGAUGUAUCAGGCUAUUUAAAUUAUGAAUAUCGUGUCUUUAAUAGUGAAGAAUUUUUGAAGACUCGAAUAGCUUCUGAUCAGCCCUUUUACAAAAAGGUACUGGAAACCUAUAUAUUCCAUUCAUUUCUUAAAGUUCGUUUGAGUAAAAAGAUGGAUGCCUUCAGCCACAUGGAACUUCGCACCUGCCCAGAAAGUGACAGAAUGAAGAUGCGGGAUAAUCCUCGAAGGCCCACAAUGGAACAGAUGGCUGUGAGAAAGGAAUAUAAUAUUGAUAAGUUGAUGACUAAGCGAUUCGCUGCGAGCAUGCCAAAUAUACCAGUUGAUAUAUGGCAGGAGUUUCCAACUGAGGAUCCUUCUCUAAACAAGAACAAGCCUGAAAAUGCAAUGAAGAAAAGCAUAAAAUCAGUAACAACUUUCAAGCUGCCAGAGUUUAGGUCCUCACUUUAUUAUUCCAGUAUAGUUGUAUGGUAUACAGAUUUCAUCAACCUACUGAGCAGAGCCAUCAAUACCACAGGACCAGAAAAAUCAAGUCUGUUGGCAAGAUAUUACUAUCUCCGUGGGUUGGCUUUUUUGAUGCAAGAAAAAUAUCUUGAAGCGCUAUCAGAUUUCCAGAAGCUUUACAAGACUGACCUUGACAUUUUCCCAAAAGAAAUUGUAAAGAAAGUGAUAAGCAUGAUGCCCCCAGAUCAACAUAGUCAAGCAGGUCAGAAACUAGAAUUAAAAUGGCUUAUUAGUGUAAUGCCAGAAAAAGAACAAGAAAUAACAGUAUUUGAUGAACACGUCAAAACCUUUGAAAUGCCGAAAACACAUAUGCACCAAGAAGACUUUAUGAAAAAGAUCCAGGAAUCUGGAAUUGUGAAGGAUGUUGAUACCAUUCUUCGGCUGUUUGAUGCCCUGACUAUAGUCAAAUCUGAAACGAGCAAACUUAAAAAUCGCAACAUGCCAUCCGAUCCAAUGCCAACAGUGGUUUCAAGAUCGGUGUUUUAUGUGUCGCCUGGGACUGGACAUUUGAAACAGAUUGAUCCUGAGACAUUUAAAGACUUCUACAACUUUUGGAAAGAGUCAGAAGCUGAGGCUCAUGAAGUUAAUCUUCCUUUGGAAGUGAUAGAAUAUCUGGAUGAAAAUGAGAGUGUAUUUAAAUUGUCAUCAUCUGUGAAGACCAACUAUGGUGUGGGAAAAAUUGCAUUAACACAGAAACGGCUUUUUCUCCUUAAAGAGGGCAGACCUGGCUACGUUGAAAUCACCAAUUUUAGAGAUAUAUUGGAAGUCGAAAAUAUAUCAGUGCUGUUUUUUCCACUUCGAAUCCCUGCUCUGAAAAUUAAAACUCAACUGAAAGAGCCAUUUGUUGCAAACCUGAAGACUGAACGUGAUCUUUGGCAACUGAUUGUGAAAGAGAUGUGGGCUGGGAGCACAAUGGCAAAUAAGCACAAGGAUCCACAGUACAUUCAACAAGCAUUGACAAAUGUUUUGCUGAUGGAUGCUGUGGUUGGAUGUUCGCAAUCACGAGCCAUUUAUGCUGCGUCUAAGUUGGCUUAUUUUGACCAGAUGAGAAAUUUGGUGAUUCCGAAAACUACUUUGGAGACUUUAAAACAAAAGAUAAACCCUUCUGCUGGUCAAACUAGUCCUCAAGCUGUGAAUGCACUCUUGUAUACAUCAGGUAAUCUGAUUCACCCAGAAAAGAAUGACAAUGUAAAUCCGAAGUUAUGGUGUGCAUUAAGUGAAGGAAAAGUAGUGCUCUUUGAUGCCUCAUCUUGGUGCAUUCAGCAACAUAGCAUUCAAGUGGGCAGCUCAAAACUGAACUGUAUGUUGGGAGUGGAAUUUGGCCAAGUCUGGAUAGGUUCACAAGAUUCCUCUAUUUACAUUAUAAAUACUCUCAGUAUGUCCUGCAACAAGCAGCUGAAUGAACAUUGCAUCGAUGUCACUGAUAUGGUCCUGGAGGAUCAGGGCUCAAAUUUCAGUCAGAAACGGGUGUAUUCCUGCAGUCUAGAUGGAAGUGUCAUUUGCUGGGAUGUGAGCACUUUGGAGAUAAAGACUAAUUUUCAGUUGCCCAACUGCCACAGACUAACUGCCAUUAAACUCCAUAAUCAUAUGCUCUGGUGCUGUGUAGGAGACGCACUGCUGGAAGUGAAAAAGACUGGGCAAGUUUUCCGAAAAGUGAUACUAGAAAAUCCAAAAGGAAGUCACACCUUUUUUAGCUGUUUUCUUGUCUUUCCUGAGAAAAAUCAACUCGUGGCUGGAUGUGCUGAUAAAGGAGAAGUUUAUUUUUGGGAUAUGGAAAAUCUAUUAAAACCCUGGCAAAAGGUUCAGCUUCAAGAUUGUAGCAGUGUUAGUUGCAUGAUAUUUGUUAAGAAGCAGAUCUGGAUUGGAAGCAAAGGAUUGGACAAAGUCAAAGGGAAAAUAUAUGUGAUAGAUGCAGACAAAUACUGUGUGGAGAAAGAACUGGUGGCUCACGUGGACAUGGUUCGAGCAUUGUGCUCUGCUGAAAACAGAUAUGUUCUUAGUGGAGCUGGCAGGGAAGAUGGGAAGAUUGCAAUUUGGAAAGUAGAAUAAUUGUGUACUUUUUACCCUAACAAUAUGCUGUUUUUAAACAUACUAUCCCAAGAAUACUAUCAAAAUGAGGAAUAAGAUGACACUUACAUAUUUUUAUAUAUCUGUGAAUUUUUGGUUUCCUGAUGUUUGUAACAAUUUUAAUGUCAAAAAAGUAUUAUUUCUGGAGCAAAGUACUGUACGUUCUGGAUAUCUUGAAGUAAAUACAGAAUGUUGAAAAUACUGAGCAGUUUCUGUGGAGAGACAAAUAAUUAAUAUUUUAUAUUUAUGAUUUGUUUUAGUAAUUAAAUAUCUGUGACAAUGAUUUAUAGCCUAAAUGAAUUGCUCCAUUCAAGCCAACAUCUUGGCAAAUUGCUUUUGCAGCCUCCCCUGUAUUUCAUGUCCUUCCCAAGAAGGGUGACCAGAACUGCAGAGUAUUCCUGAUGUGGCAGAUUUCUUUGUUGGCUUGAGGUGCAUGGUGUUAGGUGUUUAAGAUUUCAGGAAUAUAUGUAAGAUUUGGAUCACAGCUGUCUGCUAUCUGUGACACACAUAAAAUGCUGGUGGAACGCAGCAGGCCUGGCAGGAUCUAUAGGAAGAAGCACUGUCGACGUUUCAGGCCGAGACCCUUCUAGGAGGGGUGGGGAAAUGUGAAAUGAUAGGAGAAGACCGGAGGGGGUGGAGUGAAGCUGAGAGCCAGAAAGGUGAUUGACGAAAGGGAUACAGAGCUGGGGAAGGGAAAGGAUCAUGGGACAGGAGAUCUAGGGAGAAAGAAAGGUGGAGGGGAGCACCAGAGGGAGAUGGAGAAUAGGCAGAGUGAUGGGCAGAGAGAGAACAAAAAGGGGAGGGGAGAGAUAAAUAAAUCGGGGAUGGGGUAAGAAAGGGAGGAGGAGCAUUAAUGGAAGUUAGAGAAGUCAAUGUUCAUGCCAUCAGGUUGGAGGCUACCCAGACGGUAUAUAAGGUGUUGUUCCUCCAACCUGAGUGUGGCUUCAUCUUGACAGUAGAGGAGGCCGUGGAUAGACAUAUCAGAAUGGGAAUGGGACGUGGAAUUAAAAUGUGUGGCCACUGGGAGAUCCUGCUUUCUCUGGCGGACCGAGCGUAGGUGUUCAGCGAAACGGUCUCCCAGUCUGUGUCAGGUCUCACCAAUAUAUAAAAGGCCAUACCGGGAGCCCUGGACGCAGUAUACCACACCAGCCGACUCACAGGUGAAGUGUCGCCUCACCUGGAAGGACUGUCUGGGGUCCU